CCAUUGCGUAACCGCAGCGUCUGAUGAGCCCCUCCGUCCCAGGAAACAGAGCUGCUUAUUUCAUAUUUUUAGCCAUUUAUGCUGGAGAACCGCUGCACCAAGAGGCCCGGGACGUAUACAGAAAAGAGCUAAUAUAUUAAAGUACAAUUUGCUGUUGUCCUGCUGUCAGUGGUUGAAGAAUGCCGCCAUGUUUUUGUUUUUGAUAUGGGCUAUGUUUCCUGUGUAGCUCACUGGGUAACAUUGGGGUCCCUGUCUUGUCUGCCUACAUUUUUAGGCAGAAAAGACGUUUAGACACAAUAUAUUUUUCUUUCACUUGGCUUUGGGGGCUGGCGGCAAGCCACUAAUUUACUCUGGAGCAGGACACGGAGGAUAGUAUGGCCAUGACAGGAGGGACUGCAGCCGCCCUCCCGAUGAGCAACCACACCCGAGAGAGGGUGACUGUGGCCAAGUUGACGCUGGAGAACUUCUACAGCACGCUGCUCACACAGCACGAGGAGCGCGAGAUGAGGCAGAAGAAGCUGGAGAAGGCCAUGGAAGAUGAGGGCUUGCCAGAUGAGGAGAAAGUAAUGCGUCGUUCGCAGCACGCUCGCAAGGAGACGGAGUUCUUGAGGCUGAAGAGGACGCGGCUGGGCUUGGAUGACUUUGAAUCCCUUAAAGUCAUCGGGCGUGGUGCUUUCGGAGAAGUGCGGUUGGUGCAGAAAAAAGACACCGGGCACAUUUAUGCCAUGAAGAUUUUAAGAAAAGCUGACAUGCUGGAAAAAGAGCAGGUUGCACACAUCAGGGCAGAGAGGGAUAUUCUGGUGGAAGCAGACGGCGCCUGGGUAGUUAAGAUGUUUUACAGUUUCCAGGACAAGAGGAAUCUCUACCUCAUCAUGGAAUUUCUACCUGGAGGUGACAUGAUGACCCUGCUGAUGAAGAAGGACACCCUGUCAGAAGAGGCUACCCAGUUCUACAUAGCAGAGACCGUCCUGGCCAUUGACUCCAUCCACCAGCUGGGCUUCAUCCACAGAGACAUCAAACCGGACAAUCUGCUGCUCGACUCCAGGGGACAUGUGAAGCUGUCUGACUUUGGCCUCUGUACCGGUCUGAAGAAAGCUCACCGCACGGAAUUUUACAGAAACUUGACACACAACCCACCUAGUGACUUCUCCUUUCAAAACAUGAACUCCAAGCGGAAAGCAGAAACCUGGAAAAAGAACCGGAGACAGCUGGCUUAUUCCACAGUGGGAACACCAGACUACAUUGCCCCUGAAGUCUUCAUGCAGACGGGCUACAACAAGCUGUGUGACUGGUGGUCCCUAGGCGUCAUCAUGUACGAAAUGCUGAUCGGCUAUCCGCCAUUUUGCUCGGAGACGCCGCAGGAGACAUAUAGGAAAGUGAUGAACUGGAAGGAAACCCUCGUCUUCCCACCUGAAGUCCCCAUCUCAGAGAGAGCUAAGGACUUGAUAUUAAGGUAUUGCACUGAUGCAGAGAACAGAAUUGGAGCAGGCAGUGUGGAGGAGAUCAAAAGCCAUCCCUUUUUUGAGUCCGUGGACUGGGAACACAUCAGAGAGCGACCCGCAGCCAUCUCCAUUGAAAUCAAAAGCAUUGACGAUACAUCAAAUUUUGAUGACUUCCCUGAAUCAGACAUCCUCCAACCAGCCAAUGCAACAGAACCAGACUUCAAGUCCAAGGAUUGGGUGUUUCUCAAUUAUACUUACAAGCGCUUCGAGGGCCUGACUCAACGAGGCACCAUUCCCACAUACGUGAAGCCCGGGAAGGCCUGAUAAGCUCAAACAGGGAGUACAAAAAAACAUUUACGGACUAACAGGGUCUGGCCUCGGAGGGCCCCAGCUGGUGCUGAAGGCUGAAACGCCUCUUCGCCGACUGUACGUAUAACUCACCCUCAUCACAAGUCAUUAUUGCCCGCAAAGGUUAGUUACCGCAUUACCUCGGUUGUGUCAUAUACUGUACAUGAGGCGUGUGUAGCCACAGCUCUCAGGCCAGCUAAGCAGAGUGUAUGUGCAUGCGCCACCUCAUAAAGGCUAAAUCACUGCUUCCACAUUUAACAACGGUCGCUAAACUAGCUUAUGCAAAAAAGUCCACCAUUUAUACGCUUGGGAACAUUCUGGAACAAACCACAUGUCCUCUAAAAAGAAGGUUUCAGCAGUAUUUGCGUUGUUUCAUUCAUUUUCAGCCUUUUUUUUUUUGCAAGGCCAGCUUUAGUAUUUUAUUCACAACAGUAGGUCCGCUUCCUUUUUUCCCCGUCAGGAAAAAAAAACAAAACAGCAUGACUGAUACCAACACCUGGGUCAAUAGUACAACAUGGCGGCACCUGGCGAGGUUUAAAGAGCGUGACAGAGUAGCUGCGAAGCAUUUCAGCAUUAACUAAAAAAAAAAAAAAAACUAGUAAAAGGAAGAGCGGAUUAAAUCCAUGUGGCACACAAGGUAAUAGGCAUGUAUUAUGCUGUAAUAUGUAUGAUUAUGUGUGGGGAAACGAAAGCCGUAUCUACAAUAUUAUUAUAAAAGUGCAUUUGCACAAACAAGGCCUCCCCUUAAUGAAUGCCUUACCCCGCAUAAUUGCCUCAUGAUCUCUGCAGUUAACUAAUAAUGUCCACGGCCACUAUAUGAGGAAGUACGGCAUAAAAACAACUCAGGAAAUAUUGUAUAUAUGUGUCAAAUAGGUGGUUGAGGAUUUAGGGGUGCCUCAAGAGUGUAUCUCUAGCCUUUAGAUGUUACAGGGUAAGUAAAGUAGGCAUAAAGUAGCUUUACCGUUUCAGUUUAUCAUCACAUAAAAAAACACAACAAAUCAAAUCAUGCUGGGAUCUUCCUCGUCCUAACCCUGCAAAAAAAACAAGAAAAACCCCGACCCCACAGGAGCGUUUUACGUGAAGUUAACUGUGUCACUUCCCGUUUACGUGCUGAUCCAUGUCUAUGUUCUACUGUAUUGGCAGUUGCCCCCCGCCUUGUCAAAUCAGUCGAGGUCCAAUCACUUCCUUCUUAGAAGUGCCUUUGCAUAGCUGGUAAAUAAUAUUGCAUCAGUGUUAUUAGCAGUGAAUCUAAAGGCUUUUCAUCACCUUACAAACUCUUAACAUUGUUUGAGGAAGAAAACUUGCAGAAGAAAAGGGAAAUUACUAGUUCAGGAUGACAAAAAAAAAGCAAUAAAGCUGUUAAAACGUUAGAUAAGAAAAGGGUGCUCAUAAAAUCAUAGUGCAUCAAAGCAAACAGAGAACAAAGACUCCUUGUGAAUGAAUCGAGUCACAACAGGGGAAAUAUAUUAAGUUUCCACUCAAUUUCGUGUUAAUGUUAUUUAGACAAAACGCAGCAUUUGGCCUGUUUGCUCUGCUCAAGUACUCACAUCAUGUCUGCUGAAGGUGCCACAGCUCUGAGACAAGCUACCAAAGAUCAUCACAACAUGUGAUCCAGAUGUAGCUCACGCUUGCUGCACACGUGAAAAAACAUCAACGACCCCACCGAAGUAUUCACUUGGAAAGCCGCUGUUUGACAUUGGAUGAAAGAAACUGGGGGACUUGUUGUUUCUGUUUUCACCAGAAGGUGGUGCUAUUUCUGCAGAAUGAAAUCAAGAGCGCCUCAAUCCAGUCAGCUACAACAGUAUAAGCAAUGUAUAAAAUAUGAUGUGUAUAUUUCAACAUUAUUUAUUAUUUAUGUUUAGGAAUACUUUGUGCAUAUUCGGUUUAAGUUGAAAAAAAAUCUCAUUGAUUGAAGUUUGUGGAAACCCCCGUUUAAAACAAAUAAUAAACACUACGGUGAUUGCUUGCAUCUCCCUUGAAUUUAAUCAUUACAUACAUGUGGUAAAACACCAACACACCAUGUGUGUUUUCUCCUCCAAAAUUACUUCAUAAAAGUCAGAAAAUAGACUUUUAUUGCAGCUAAACUGAUUGAAAAUGUGUCACUUUAUUCAAAAGAAGGUGAAUUAUUGUCACAGUUUAAUACUUACAGGAGCGUAUUCAUUUUAAAAAAUGACCUUGAUACUAGAAAAUAAAGGACCAAACUAGUUUUGUGUGUUGGUGGUCACAUCAGCGUUAAAAAGAAUCCUGCCAUAAGAUGUGCAAAAAUGUAGUAAUCAACAUAAACUUGGGACUGUCGAGAAUCAGGACAAUGUUGUUGGAUUAUUUAUGUGAUGAUGUGUUUGUACUGUCUGUUGUAGCCCAGUGAAAGGUCAAAGGGGAAAUGCUUGUCAUAGACUCACACGAUAACUUAUUAUGUCAAUAACAUGGCAAAAUACAAUAAAAACUCC